UCCGCCGGUUUGUGUAUCUCAAGAAUCUCCUUUGCGUUUCAUUUCCCUUUUAUUCUCUCUCAAAUUCCUUUCUGUUUUCCCGAGAAAAUUCAGAUGGCACCCAAGACGGCCGAGAAAAAGCCAGCGGAGAAGAACCCGGCGGAGGAGAAGAAGACCACGGCGGCGGAGAAAGCUCCGGCAGAGAAGAAGCCGAAGGCCGGCAAGAAACUGCCGAAGGAGGGCGGCGCUGCUGGAGACAAGAAAAAAAGAGGUCAAAGAAGAGUGUGGAUACCUACAAGAUCUACAUCUUCAAGGUUCUGAAGCAGGUUCAUCCUGACAUCGGGAUCUCGAGCAAGGUUCUGAGCUUAUACUUCUCUCUCCUCUCUCUUCUCUCUUCUCUCCUUCUAGCUUAGGAGAGAGAAAGCUCUGGUUUUGGGGGAGAAGAGCAAGCAAAUAAACAAAUAAACCCAAAUUAUACAAAGAUAUGUUUGCAUCAGAGAAUGGGUUGCGAGGAGGCCCGAGAUUGAAGGCCAUAUCAGAAGCCAUUAGAGUCGUCCCUCACUUCCCAAAACCAGGAAUAAUGUUUCAAGACAUAACAACUCUGUUAUUGGACCACAAAGCUUUCAAGUACACUGUUGACAUCUUUGUUGAUCGAUACAGAGCCAUGGGUAUCUCCGUUGUAGCUGGAGUUGAAGCUAGAGGAUUUAUGUUUGGUCCUUCGAUUGCGUUGGCAAUUGGUGCAAAAUUUGUUCCACUGCGUAAACCAAAAAAGUUGCCAGGGGAAGUUAUCUCUGAAAAGUAUAAGCUCGAGUGGGUGUUGCUGGGUUGCCUCCGAGAGAGAGAAGAUUUGGACAAUGAUGGGAAGGUAUGUGUAGAAAAUAAGCGGAAUAGAUUGAGGUCCGGCGGGCGGCUAAGGUGAGGUUGCCGCCCGCCGGGGAAGCGAAAAAUACUAGGUUCUAAACCUGCUCUGAUACCAUGUAAAA